AUGUUCGUCAUUGUUCAUGGACAAUUAUCUAUAGAUGAAUUAUUCUUUUUUAAUUCGAAACAUACAUUAAAUGGUGAUUGUAAUGAUUUUCAAUAUACAUUUACGAAUAUUCGAAUAAACUCAUAUAAUUAUAAUCAAUUUAUUUUAAAUUGUAAUUUAUCAAGUAUUAUUUUUCGAAAUAAAGACUAUAUAUCUUCAUCAAUUUGUCCUAAUGAUGAAGACUAUUUUCAAAAUUUUCGUAUACGUUUUCGUCAUUUAUCACAAACAUUUAUUCAAGUAAAUCACCUUCCUUUAUAUGGUAUUGAAUUAUGUUCACUGGAUGAUCUUAUUCGAAGUCGUUAUGAUGAAUAUUCAUAUUAUCGUUCUGAACGGGCUUUAUUAAUCAAUUUAGAAAAUAAUAAUAGACAAGAAAAACAACAUUUAGCGAUAGCUACAAAUGGUGAAAUGACAUUUAUUUUAUUUAUAUUAUCACAAGAAAAUGAUGAAAUAUUAGUAAAAGAUGAUAUUGAACUUGUUUUUCCCAAAGAAAAUAUUUUUAAAUUUAAUCGAUCAUCUAUUGAUGUUUGGCGUGUUGAUCAAAGUUAUGUACGUAGUCCAAGUUCUUUAAGAAUUUCUAGUUAUCAAUUAUCAAAAUCAAAAUUUACUCUUUUUGAUAAUGAAACAUUUUUUCUUUAUGGAACACAAAUAUCUAAUCCACGUCGAUUUCGUGUUUCAAUUGAUGAAACACCGGUUAAAUGUAGUUAUGAUUAUAUACUUCAAUGUACAUUUCCAAUAUUACCUUGGAAUGUAUUGGAUAUACAUCAACCUAUGUUAAGAGUUAUUUAUCAUCUAGAAUCUAUUUUUAAUGCGACUUUAACAUUACUUCCACGUACUCGUCUUCAUUAUGUUCCAACCAAUCAUAGUGUAACUGAUAUAGGAUCAUUUGAAGUUAAUAUUGAUGAAAAUCUUUGCGCAAAUAAUUCAUUGAAAUCAUUAUUUACUUUCAUCAUUCAUUUAUGGAAAGAAGAUACCAAUGGUACUGAACGAUAUCAAGAAAUUGUUAACGAUGAUAUAGGACCAGUUGAUUGUAAUAGAACAGCUGAAAUUGGUCAAGACAUUGAAAAAGUUAUGCAACCAAUAUCACUUGACGAUAUUACAUCAAUGAGUCUUGAUCUUACACAUCGAUGGUAUGAUCAUCAAAAUUGUCGAGCAGAAAGUACAAGAAUUACAUUUAAUUGA